AUGGCAGGUUGCUCCUGGAUCGACAACAUUAAGAACCCGUACGAGAUCACACUCGACCCUAACACCGUUAUUUCCGAUCUGGAUGAUUACACCUCUGAAAGUCUCGCGAACAUCCGAACGGUAAUCUUAAAUGGAGGCGUUGACCCCCGGGACUCGAAGAGCGAGCCUCGGCGUCGGUGGACAUUUGCGAUUGCUCCAUUUUUGGGAAAAUUAACUGACAUUCAGGCCCUGCAGCUCAAGUUUAUAGACUUGGAGUGGGUGGCGAAGCCGACAAGAAAAAUUCUCAGCUCAUGGGAACACAGUAUCACCACGCUGGACUUGGUUUAUGCCUACUUCUUCGAAGCCAGAGAUCUUUUGAAAACUCUGGAGUCAUUCCCUCAUCUCACGAUCCUACGGCUAGGACGCGUGUACGCUGACGGGCGUCAUCCGACUCAUGCUCAAUUGACCCGUACCAAAGCCCUCAACUUCCAGCGGUUACACUUAUCAGGCACUGAGCGUCUAUGGAUGAAGUGGCUGCUGGGAAACCGAGUGGUGUUGACGGUAAAGGAACUCUAUGUGGAAUACUCCCAGCGGGACCUUGCUCCUACUGUUGAUUUUCUCCGGGUGAUAGCACCCUCUCUGGAGCAAUUGGCUUUUGAGUUACAUCAGGGUGAGGAUAUUGACACGAGGAUAAUGAAUGCGAGCGCAAGCAGAGGCGACAAUAAUGCGGAUCCAGGAAAUGAGCACUGGGAGGUACGUCGGGAGGCGGUUUCAAGAGGCUGCUCGAAUGCAGCAAAUGACGUUAAUGCACAAGAUAACAUGCACGGAGGCGACAAGACGGACACAGACAACGACAUGGACGCAGACGACAAGACGGACACAGACAAUGACAUGGACGCAGACGACAAGACGGACACAGACAAUGACAUGGACGCAGACGACAAGACAGACACAGACAACGACAUGGACGCAGACGACAAGACGGACACAGACAACGACAUGGACGCAGUCGACAAGACGGACACAGACAACGACAUGGAUGCAGACGACAAAAGCGAUAACGGAGAAUUCAUCAAGUCAUUGUCAUCUCGUGACGGCGAAGACGAAGAUGAAGACGAAGACGAAGACGAAGACGAAGACGAAGACGAAGACGAAGACGAAGACGAAGACGAAGACGAAGACGAAGACGAAGACGAGGAUGCCACUGAUCCCGCAUGGGUCAAAGAGAAGGAGCUGAUAGAACGUCGAUGGUUGUCUGCUGAGCAGGCAUGCCAGGAGCUUGAAGAUGCUUUGAAAGGAGAACCAAUUUCACAGGCUCCGAAUCUGAGGGUGCUGCAUGCUAUCGUCUGUCCGUCACUCCCGGGCCUCGCAAUACUCGUGCUGCGCAUGAUUUUUUCCUUGGUGUCUCCUUCCACGACCGAUUUCUACCUAGAGCUGCAUUUCGACGCCACGACUAUGGAUCUGAUUGAUUGGCCGCAGCUCGAUGCGCUGAUUUGCGAACUUCCGCUCGUUCGCUCCGAAGGCUGCAAGUUCUGCCUCGGGAUCCUUUAUUUGCAGGACGAGGACAACCCUGACCAGUUUAUCAAGUCCAGAGUCUGGCAGAAAUUGCCAGGAGUAGUGGGGAGAAAAGUCAUUCAGAUUGUCUUCGGGGAGUGUUAG